AUGGCUAAGGCACCCACUCCAGAACUCAAAAAGUAUAUGGAUAAGCGUUUACUGCUCCAGUUGAACGGCAACCGACGAGUCACUGGUGUCCUUCGUGGUUAUGAUCCCUUUAUGAAUAUUGUGUUGGAUGACGCUGUGGAGGAAGUGAGUGCAACAGAAAAGAACCAUAUUGGCAUGGUGGUCAUCCGUGGCAACAGCAUCUCCAUCAUGGAAGCACUUGAGCGCAUAUAA